CAAUACAUAGAGGAAGUGUUGGCUGCAGACGAAGCAGGCCUCUCUCUGGAUGCGUGGCUACUUGACCCCACGAAGGAAAUGCCUUCACGCCCGUCUUCUAGUGAAUUGCAACGUACAAGCGAGGAGUCAUCCAACGACGAAGACGACGAAGCGGUGCGCUCAAGCGCUGCCGCACCUGCAACGUUCGAAGGGGGCACUUCUCUGAGCGGAGUAGUAGAGCAACAUUUUUUGGAGGGCCUCCUGGGGCCCUCAGGUUCAUCGGUCCCAUCUUCAGAAGCAACUAAGUCUCGGAUAAGGAAGACGCAUGCCCCUACUCUUGCCCCUUUGAUGAUGUCACUGCAGACAUCUGUCGUGAAGGCCAUCAACACGCAUCCCUUCUUUAGGUUACCAAGCGUCGUACCCGGGGCAUUCGUAAGGGAGUUUAGGAAGGAAAAUAUAGAACUAGUAGGCAGCAGGCGUUUCAAUUACCUCCAGUCAUUGCUUAUUGUGAAGGACUGCCUGAAGUUGCCACAGCUUGACUGGUAUCAUCUAGACACGCUCACGACUCAUGUUGAGCUUCUAGUUGGGUAUGCAACACUCCAGAUGGAUGCGGAUGUUGAACGUGCGAAGCCGAAGGUGGCCGUCGAAAGACUUGCAUUUUGUCUGAUAGUCAUAGAUUCGUUGUACGCUGCCAGUGAGGUCUGGGGACCCAGGGCGAAUCGCGACGAAUGGUGGGGGGGUGUUGUUAGUGCAAUUCCGGAGUACAGAGGACCUACAAAAAGAGCAGCUUCAUUUCGAGCGGCCAAAGAGAACAUCCGUUUGGCGCAGUCAUUACACGGAGCUCUGGACAUAUAUAGAUCGGGCAAGCGACCCUCGGCAGAUGUUCUGGUUCCACUAAAGCAAACGAUCUUCUGCACGACAGCAGUUCCUAGGUUCCACCAAGGACAGUGGCUCAAAUGGUGCAUGGAUGAUGCUGAAUGGUGUAGCUCGCCAUGA